AUGGAAAUCCCAUUAAAGUCCCAGCCAAAAGUUUCAACGGUAAAUCUAAUUGAUGAUUCAAAAUUCCAUAUUGGCAACAGUGAUAAUUCAGCUAAGAAGCAAAAUUCACAGGUAACCGAGGGGGAGUUGCAACAACAACUGCAACAACUGCAACAACUGCAAACAUAUAACAACCAUCAUCAUCCACAUGGUAUACUGCAGCCACACCACCAGCAGCACCACCCUCAUAAAUCUGGCUUGGAUUAUCUGAAAACACGCCACGCAAGUGUUGCAGGACCAUUUGGCAAACAAGAAAUAAAGCCUCCUACAACAGAUUUCAACAAAAGCGAGUUUAGACGAUCAAGAGGAUUUUCUGAAACUGAAAAGAACAACUUUGAUCUGGAAACUGGUCAUCGUAUUUACCAAGAUGGAACAAUACGGCCACAGACUGUGACACAAGAUUCAAAUGAGCUUCAACGACAACAUGAUGAUGAUAAUGAAGAUAACAACCGUGGUAGUAAUAAAUUGCAUUCACUUUCACAUGACAGUAGCAUAGAUGUGAUGAAUUAUACUCGGGGCCUAGAAGACGAAUAUAUUCCAGGGUUAGACUUUUCUGAUAUGGUUUACAAAUGGAACAACAAUUCCGAUUUAGACUUGGCACGAACCCGCACCACCACCAGUACCAUGAGUGCUUAUACAACGCAGUCAAACACACCUAGAAGUAACAAUGCAUCAUACUUGGACUUGAACCUUUUGCAUGCACAGGUUGCCCCACAGCCAAUACGGCACAAUAGUCAAUUACCUUCGAAACUAUCAUAUUCAAAGUUACAUGACUAUAUGAAGAUGAAGAGACCUAUACAUGAAAGUCAAUCUAUAGGUCCAAAAGACACUGAAGCUUUGAAGCUUAAACAACUUGCUGAACAAGUAGAAACACCUAGUCAUAGCCCCAAGCGAGAAAAGUCUGAAACUGGAUUACAGAUGAGAAGGUCAAAGAAGCAAAAAGCGUCAUCCACAGCGCUGAACUCUCAGUCCGGCGGCGGAGAUGUCAAUUUUGAAACAAUUUUAAACAGCUUACCUCCUAAUUUCAAUGAAAUGCCUUAUUCCCAACGUAAAAAGGUUGUGCGAAACUUUUCCGAAAGCGUUGAUUAUUCCCAAUUUUCAUUAUUUGCUAAAAAUUAUAUGAAUGGUGGGUUUGGAUCUUUUGGGUCCAAUAAGACUCCAAAGAGUGAUGGAGGCUUUGGAUCAAAUGAUAAUAGUUUUACCAAGAAGCAACGAGUUGGGAGUGUAAACACCUUGGCUGGUAGACUCCUAGCCAAAGCAUCAACCACUGACAUCAAGAAAUUGCAGGAAAUGAAUCAGAAAUACAACGUUGAUGAGCGAGGAGCUAUAGUGUUGGAUCAUGAGUUGGGAAAAUGUAUUGGAUAUGGUGCUUGGGGUACGAUAAGAGAGUGCGUGGACAAGAAAGGAAACAUUAGAGCUAUGAAGAUUGUCAAGUCAACUCGAGAUUUUGACUUUAGUCGUCCUGGAAGCAGGAGAAAUUCUCGAGUCGAUAUGCCAAAUCUAACUACCAAUACAAAGGUGUUGGAAGUAUUCAAAAAGGAAAUUUCCAUUUGGAAGCAGUUGCAUCAUGAAAAUAUUCUUCCCUUGAUUGAUCAUUGUGAAACUGAAGACACGAUAUUCUGUCUAAUGGAUAGAAUUGAAGGCGGAACGUUGUUUGAUGUAGUUACAAUGUGGGGUCAAUUCAAUAGUGGGCUUCUCACCCAUUCGGGUCCAAUUAAUUUUCUGAUUGCAAAACAAAGGCAAAGAUUGAACGACAUUAUUGAUUACAGUAAACAAAUAGUUACUGCUUUGUUAUACAUGCAUGAAGAAAAGGGAAUUGUUCAUGGAGAUAUCAAAUUGGAAAAUGUGUUGGUGAGAAGAGAUCUAGAUCAACAUUGUAAGAUGAUCUUGUGUGAUUUUGGAAUGGCGAGAAUUUACAGUAUGCGAAUUAGCAGAAGGAAUUCUAUGAAGCAUUCUCCCAAGUUAAGCAAAAGAAGAACAUCUCCACCCAAUUCAUCAUCGCAGACGUUAUCGCCUGAAGAUGACAAAGAUGAUGAUAUGGAUGCAUUGAUGAUUAGAAGCAAGUCAUCAAAUACAGAAAAUCGAAAGCCGUACCCUGGUGGUGGUGACGGCGCCAAUGCCAGAACAUUGGACUUUCUAGUAAAUGACGAUUCUCGAAUUGGAAUAUCAAAUUUUUUCAAGACCCAUGGCCCAUCUAUACAAUCAGUCCAUUUAACACCGGUGACGUCUGAUGGUAUAUCACCAACGACAUCUGAUCACAAGCUAAAUCAAACAGAACGUAAUAAUAGCAACAACGACUUUUUUGAAUUCAGCAAAAAAUGGUUAUCUACGCAAGCAAACAAUGAUAGUGGGAACAAUCACCAAGGGGAUAAUGGGGGCGUUGGUUCUGAGUUACCUCACUCGCAUAUUGGUUCGUUGCCAUAUGCAUCUCCAGAAUUGUUACAACCAAGCCCACCACCAUUGGGUCCGCUGGCCGAUAUAUGGGCUUUGGGUGUUUUAAUUUAUGCCAUGUGUGUGGGUAAGCUACCGUUCCAACAUCAAUAUGAGCCACGAUUAAGAGCCAUGAUUACUGCAGGCAAGUAUAACAAAGCUGAGUUGAAAAAGGCGUGCCUAUUGGAAUGGGUAUUGAAGGAGGAGAGACAGAGCAAAGGUGCUUCCCAAAGUGGCAAGGGUUCAAAAGAGUCCUUGGAUAAGAUUGACGAAGGAAAGCGAGAAGGCAAAGAAGAAGAAGGGGAAGAGGAGAGUAUACCGGCGGCAUUGAUGUUGCAAUCGCCCUCAAUGGUUGAUAUAAAAAGAAAAGAAGAGUUGAACAAGUUGCAUGAUGAUUGGAAAAUGUAUAAGCUGAGUGAAGCAUUUCCCGAGUUUACUAAAAUUUAUGAUAUUGUUGUUGGUUGUUUGGAAACGAAUAUAACGAAAAGAUGGGAUACGCAAAUGAUUUAUGAUUAUUUAAAUUGA